AUGUAUGUUACAAGGCAUCUCUCGGAAGACCAGAGAAACUCGUCGUACUUUACACAAUCGUUGCCAGAAGGUCCAAACUCAGGCGUACUUGUGAUUCAAGAUGAAGAGUCAAAGCCUACUUGUUGCUUCGGAUCUUGCUACGCUGGUGAACUCAAAGGCUUACCGUUUCCACAGAACGCAAAGCUGACUGUGACUUUCAAAACCCAAAAUGGAAGUAUACUUGACCCGGUUCUGUUCAUUCCGGUUCCUGGACAGGCUCUAUUUGUGAACCGUUAUUAUGUCGUUAAACAAAGCGGGAAGCACUCAGGAGGAGCCUCGGCAAGUGCAAAAGAAGAAGACAGAGUCCCCUGCUGCUUUUGCUUUAGCAAAGUUCCUGAAGCUAGGCCACAAGAAGUAGAUCCUUAUGACAUAUACCAACAAUUCGAGAUCCGUCAACGCCGAUCAUCAUCUGGUUAUUACACAGCCACAUCCGUUGCUCCCAAUGGGAUACCACCUGCGUUCCUUAAGAGAAAGUAUUGGUCCGUUGGGUACUCGAACUCUCAAGACUUUGGUUUGAUAGAUGAUGCAAAGGGAAUCAACGCUAAGCUUCGCUCUGAGCUUCCCAAAGAUGUGAAUACAAGCGUUGUGGUAGGCAAAUGGUAUGUCCCUUUCAUAUUCGUGAGAGACGGAGAGGCAAAAGAUCAGAUUCAAAACUCGACUUAUUACAGUAUGAGUCUUAAACAAAGAUGGGAAGAGGUUUACUCAUGCGACAACAACGAAGAAGAAAGUGAGGUCGUGGUUGAUGUCGAAGUGGAAACAGAAGUGGUGAAGCUUGGGGGAGAAGUAACCAAACUGAGGGCGACAAGAACUGAUGUUGUUUGGUAUGGUGUCUUAAGGGAUGAGAGAAAAGACAAGAAGAUAGGUCUUGGGUUAGUGGUCGUGGAGAGGAUUAAGUGGGAAGAGGAGAGGUUUGGUUGGUUGAAUAAAGGCGAUGAAGUAAGUUCCAGCGUUAAGAGAACAGAGAGAUUUGAAGGCGGUUCAUCACACUGGAAGAGUUAUAAAUGCUACGUACUGGUAGAGAGCUUUGAGCUAAAGAGAAGGGAUGGGAGUUUGGUGUUGACAUAUGAGUUUAGACAUGUUGAUAAGUUGAAGAGCAAGUGGAUGUAUGUUACAAGGCAUCUCUCGGAAUACCAGAAAAACUCUUCAAAUUUGUCACAAUUGUUGCCGGAAGGUCCAAACUCAGGUGUACUUGUGAUUCAAGAUGAAGAGUCAAAGCCGACUUGUUGCUUCGGAUCUUGCUACGAUGGUGAGCUCAAAGGCUUACCGUUCCCACAGAACGCAAAGCUGACUGUGACUUACAGAACCGGAGGUGGUAAUAACAGGCGCAGUUACCAUGACCCUGUUCUGUUCAUUCCGGUUCCUGGACAGCCUUUAUCUUUGAACCGUUAUUAUGUCAUUAAACGACGUGGGAAACACUCAGGAGAAGCUACGGCAAGUGCAAAAGAAGAAGACAGAGUUCCCUGCUGCUUUUGCUUUAGCUACGUUCCUGAAGCUAAACCGCAAGAAGCAGAUCCUUAUGACAUAUACCAACAAUUCGAGAUCCGUCAACGCCGAUCAUCGUCUGGUUAUUACACAGCCACUUCUGUUGCUCCUAAUGGGAUACCACCAUUGUUCCUGAAGAGAAAGUAUUGGACCGUUGGGUACUCCAACUCUCACGACUUUGGUUUGACAGAUGAUGCAAAGGGAAUCAACGCUGAGCUUCGUUCCGAGCUUCCCAAAGAUGUGGAUGCAAGCGUUGUGGUAGGAAAAUGGUAUGUCCCUUUCAUAUUUGUGAAAGAAAGAGACGCAAAAGAUCAGAUGAAAAACUCGACUUAUUACAGUAUGACUCUUAAACAAAGAUGGGAAGAGGUUUUCUCAUGCGACAACGACGAAGCAAGUGAGGUUGUGGUUGAUGUUGAUGUAGAUACAGAAGUGGUGAAGCUUGGCGGAGAAGUAACCAAUCUGAGAGAGACAAGAACUGAUGGAGCUGUUUGGUUUACUGAGGGACAAGACAAGAAGAUAGGUCUUGGGUCAGUGGUCGUGGAGAGGAUUAAGUGGGAAGAGGAGAGUUUUGGUUGGUUAAAUAAAGGCGAUGAAGUAAGGUCUAGCAUUAAGAGAACAGAGAGAUUCGAAGAAGGUUCAUCAAAAUGGAAGAGUUAUAAAUGCUAUGUAUUGGUAGAGAGCUUUGAAUUAAAGAGAACUGAUGGGAGUUUGGUGUUGACAUAUGAGUUUAGACAUGUUGAUAAGUUGAAAAGCAAGUGGGUUUGA